ACACAACUUCUCUAUCGACUAUGCCUUCAAGAAGUAGAAUGGUAUGGCUUAGAUUUGCUGGCGUUCCAUUGAAAGCAUGGAGUGAGAGAUGUUUCACAGAGUUAGGAGCUUUAUUGGGAGAGGUGAUACUUGUUGAUGAAGACACGAAGAGCAAAUCGUUUUUAAGUGAAGUCUUUUCCGAUAGCAAUGUCAGAGGAAGAAUGGAGGAUGGAUCUGGACUGGUGGUUGGUCAGGGAACGAUGAAAUCCAGCAAGCUCGGAACCAGGAGUGUUCAGGCUAGGAGAGCACAGAAUACAAUAUCAGGUGUCUUAGGUGAAGGUGGGUGGAUUGAAAAGCCAGAGUUGGUUAAAAUGGAGGCUGUACGGUAUUUCAGUGAAUUGUUUCAAAAGGAUCAGUGGAACCGUCCAUUAAUGGGGGGAUUCAGUUAAACAGAAUAUCAGUGCAAAAACGGGAGUAGCUGGAAAGGCCUUUUUCCAUUGUAGAAAUAGAAGAUGGUCUCAAGAGUUGUGAUGGAUCAAAGGCACAAGGUCCGGAUGAUUUUAAUUUUAAUUUUAUAAAGUUUAUAUGGCGCA